CCUGACCUCCAUUGUAUGGGUGACAGCAAGCUCAUGACUCAUUUGUUUCGUCACUCAAAUUUCUCUUAAAAAAAAAAAAAGCUGUCGUGGUGUUAGCAUUGGGCGAAUUUUUCCAUUUUCCAGUCUCAAGCUCCCUGCUAUCGUUCUUCCGAUUAGGGCGAGGUGCAGGAACUGGGCUGUGGCUGGUGUUUUUCUUCUCUUGGUUUUGAUGGGCAUCUAGGGUUUUAACAGGUCGGCGCUUCCGUAGUUAGAUGCUUAUUUUAUGUGGGAAGCGAGUCACAGGGUUUCUUCGUGAAAGAACUUGGGAGGGAUUGCCCUUUCGAUUUUGGAGAUUUGCGUAAUCAGUUGUUUCUCGUUAGCAUUUUGCACAGUGAUAGGCUAGCCGUUGAUUACAUGAGCUCUUGAUAGCUUGUAAGGAUUCUGUGUUGUUACUAUUUGUGUAAAUUGGGAUUUUGCUCUUAUCGCAUUGGUUAGUCUGGAUCUCGAUAAACGGUGGAUAAGGUGAAGACAAUGGUGGCUGAGGAGGAAAACUUGUAUUUGACAAAGGAGAGUCAUUUGGAAGAUCCUUUGAGAUCUGAGAUGGAGAUUGAGGAGAACGUAGUGGUAGCAUGUCGGUAUACGGAUGGUGAUGCUUCAACACAGGACAGAGGUGAGGGAAGCAGUGCGGUCUUCUCUCAAGAAGCCUCUCAGGAGAGCAAAUAUCAUCAGCUCCCUAAAAGUUAUGGUGGCUGUGCGAAGAAGUUCAGGUUUAGGGUUUCUGAACAGACAGAAGAUUCUGUCAGGAAGAAAGAUAAGGAGAAAAGUAAGCUGGACAGGAGACUUAGCAGGCAGGAUAGGAUUGAACUUGGCCGUAUGUUUCAAGGUGCAGUGAGCUCCCAUGAUUGGGAGCUUGCUGAGAGUUUAAUUCUCUUAGCCGAUCCCCAAACUCUGAAUGACGCCCUAUGUAUAGCACUGGAUUCUAUAUGGUUUUUGAAGAUCCGACAAGAACUUGAUGGGAUCACUGGGCUAAUCAAGAAGAUUGUCUCUAAUGGUGCCCGUGAUUUCACAAGAGCGGCCCUAAGAACAUCAUUUCUUGCUUCAUGUGUGUCUGCAUGCCAGAGCAGGACAAUAAGCUUAGCAGAUACUGUUGCUUUCAUGGCUCAAAGAUUGCAUGACCGUCUUCAAGAAUGCAACGGGGAUGAGAUUUUAAAAGCUGAGGCAGGUGCAAAAGUUCAAAAGUUCACUGAAUGGGCCUUGAAAUGCAUUGGGUUUCACUCUCGCUGCCAAGAGAACAGGGGUGAAGGCAAUCCCAAUACUGCAAUUGAAGUGCACUUUCAGCUUUCGGCGUUCAAAACAUUCCUGGAUCUUGCUGGCAGUAAUCUUUCUGGAAAGGACUUCACUGAGGCAUUUGAUGCUGCAUGUUUCCCUCUUACACUCUUUUCAAGCUCUUUCGACCCUGGUUGGGCUUCCGGAAUCUCAGCAUAUUUGAUACAAGGGUUGCUAGGAAUGUUGGUGGAGGGUGGUGCUGAUAAUGUCAACCUAUGUUUUUUGGAAGCAUCUCGCUUUGGUAGUACUGAACUUGUUCGCAUCCUGCUUCAGAUUGCCCAACGAAACAGCUUACAUGUUGAUGUUGAUCUCGCUCUUGGAUUCGCCUCGCAAUAUGGCAAAAUUGGAACCAUGGAAUGUUUGGUUGAGGAGGGGCAAGCAGCGGCUUUCCUGGGACCGCUGAGGCGUGCUGCUGAAAGAGGUUGCUUGCCUGUCGUCCAAUGGUUUAUCGACCGUGGCUGCCAGGAUAUGGAGCUGUGUCUUGCCUUAAUUGCCGCGACCUCCAGCAGCCAAGUCGAAGUCACUGCAUACCUUCUUCCUCAUGUCCCACAGCAUGUCCUUGCCGCCCUCAGCGUAGAAAUCAUCAAAGCUGCCGGGGAGAGGUGUGGUGGCUCUCUCGACGGAGUUGCCUUCCUCCUCCAAUCAAAUUUCCUUGGUGAUCCUGCAGCAACUUAUGCAGUAGCCGACAGCAUUGCUAGAUCCGACGAUGAGGCUGUGGCCCAUGAGCUGAAAGCUUUCCUCCAUGAACAGUGGUCAGAAGAGGCUUUUUUGGAGGGUCUAAGGUGCGGACAGGAUGAUUAUGUAAACUUCAUGAGAAUAUUGAAGAGAGGUGAAUCACCCAUUUGCUUGAGGGACCUGCCAACACCAUUAAUGAUGGUUAUUGCUUACUUGCCAUUGUACAAGGAGUGUGUGGUGGCCAGCGGCUGUUUGCUUCCUCAAAGACUUAGAGGCCAGCUUGUGGAGGUGGCAGCAAGGCUUACCAAUGGAGCUGUUAACAGGGGAAGCCAGCCCAAUGAGCUACUGGCAGUUUUGGAGAAUCACCUCCCUCCAUUUCUUCAUUCUUCAGAAACCUUUGUGGCCACUUGCAUAAAUAGCAACUGAUAGGAACUUUAUUGCAGUCCACCUUGUUAAGAGGGCUUUAGAUGUCAUCCAUGUUCUGAAAUGAGCUGAAAUAUGUUCAUCCUCGGUGUAUAGAAUAGAUUGUAAGCAUAUACAGCAUUGAGCAGUGUGUUUUAAACCCCAUAUGUUUGGGGAGAUUAUUCUAUGCGGAUGCUGAACACAACUCUACAUCUGAAAACUCGUCAGAAUUAGCCAGUCUGCAAUACCAAGCGUGUUACCGAGUAGUAUCGAGCCGCGGUACCGAUGUGGCUCAUUCUGAUUGGUCUCCGGAUGGCGUUCGGCAUCUUCACAGACUUGAAUGAUGAUUCGGAGCUCUCUUGCAAGGUUUAAAAAAGAGCAUUAAUGGAAUUCUGCUUGUAAUUGCUUGUUCUGUGGAAUUUCAGCUUAAUGAACUUAAGUUGGGCGUUUAGAUUGUUUAGCCUUUUCUGCUUGUAAUUGCUUGUGAGCAUUCAGUAUGGAAAACGGGCUAUUUGGCCAACAGAUGUUUCCUAAAGCAUAUCAAAAUUUUGUUUCUCAUCUGUAAUUUUAUACCGUUUUGUUUUAAGGUAGUACAACGAAUGCUUUCAU